AUAAUAAAACAAUUUAAAAAAAAAUGUUUGUGUCAUUCUUUGUAAAGUGAGUGUAUUUACUGCAAUGGGGGGACUAUUACUCCAAACAUCUUAUUCAAGCUUUCACACAGGCUCCAAAUCAACAGAGCCAGUGACCAUUCAAGACUAUAGCCUGUUAUGUUUGAGGUCAAACGCCACAGCUACAGCAGGCCACUGUUUGAGCCAGACCCUGCUGUUCACAGAUGAUCACAAUGGUAGAAGAUAUGUGAGGAGCAUACUUUGAUUCCAAGAACAGGGUUUGAAAAUUCCCCCCCAGAAUGAAGGAAAUAGUGGGGGAAAUGUAACAUCAACUUCACUGGCCAGCACUUGUUUCUCAGUAGGGCCUACUACUUCCCUUUUUGUGUGGCCUGUGAGUCUUCAGUGGCUUUACACAGUGGCCUGAAGUGAGGUCAUGACUGGAGGGAGAGCAGGUUUGCCCUUUGAUAUUCUACAGGAAGGUGAGUUUAUACCAUCUGAGUUCUGCCUGCUGGGUGUUUUUUGUUCUAACAAUUGCAACAAGAACAGCAACUGGACAAACUACUCACAUAGGAGUUUCUUUCCGCUUUUCCCUUCAGUCAAACACUAGGCCAUUUAGUGAUUUUUAACCAUUAAAUUUGUCGCUACAUAAACAACAAAGACUCUAAUAACAGUGUAUACUAUAAUAAUGUGAGGAGGUUGUGUCUUUUCUCAUGAACCCAUCGCCUUUGUUCAAAUGCCUGUCUGGACACCACAGUGGCAAAUGUGUGGCAUCGACCUUUCAGAUGAGAAAGUUACCAUCAGGUGGCGCAAAGGGAUAUGUGAGGAUUUUUAAAUAUUAAAGUCAUUAAUUUAUUUACAUGGCGCAAGGGAGGGACCACCGUCGGGUUUUUUUCGGGGGGGGGGACGGGGAGCAGAUAUUACCACAGCAUUUGUAUCGGGUCAAUUUAACCUCAACACGGUGUGAAUCUGCGGAUGACCAGGAUCUGUAGCGGAGCCCGAGGAGACAUUUAACAGAUCAAUAAAAGGCAGACGGACAGUGAUUCCGCUGAGUGCAGAUCCUGCUCACUGAUUCCUUCUGUCUCAAUUUUUCGCCUGCGAGAUUGACUGAAUAAUCCUCCUGGCGAUGGAGUUUGGGGAAAGGAAGAGGAGAAGGAAGUCGCGGAGCUUCAAACUGGUCACGGAUGAAGAUUAUGACUCUUCGUAUAUGAUGAAUUCCAGCUGUAGAGAUGCCAAUGUGGAGCCCAAGGUUGCUGCCGUGCCUGAUGUCUGGCUGGGGGAUGAGGGCAUGGAGAUCAAGAGACAAAUCACAGGAAUGAUGAGGCUUCUGAGUGAUAAGAGCAGCAGAGCGUAUCAACGUGCGGGAGCAGAGCAGGGCAGCUUGACAAAGGAGCCCCAGGAUGGGUGUCGGGCCUGGGUACAUCAGGCUGCACCGUUCUCUCUCGUGUCAGAGGACCACCAGGUCAACAGCUGGAACUCUGCAGGGGACCUAGGGCCGUCACCUCCAUCCAUAUCCACCCCCAUCGCCAACGGUCCAGGCUGUGGCCAGUACAGCACCCGCUCCAAAGCCCUGAGGAUCCUCAGCAGCACAAAGGAUUUCAUCAAAGUGAAGGAGGCUAACGCUGAUGUAGGGCCUCCUGCUGUGCCAGAACCCCCCUGCUGUAUGUGUAACUGUAAGGGCACCUUGCAGGCUGUUUUGCAGGAACUGCGCGCCAUGAGGAGGCUGAUGCAGGCACAAAAAGCAUCAUUGGAAAGGCAGGAACAGACAGCAUCACCAUGCCAACCUCGUCUUGGUCCAGGACCCGCUCCUCGUCGUAGGCCACGCAAGAGGAGGCCAAUCUAUAAAGUGGCACCACUUAGUGUGUCAAGUACUAGAAGAGCUGCACUUAGCCCUCUGGAGGUAUCGCCGCUUAUCGCUGCACCUGCAGAAACUGGAAAGAGGGAGGAAUCUGAGAGACAGCAAGACACAACCACAGCCAACACUCAUCCCAUGUCCUCGGAGGUGUCUGUGCUGCCACCUCAGAACAACCCAGUGACUUUAAACACGCAGAGUCCUCUGCUGAACCAACUGAGGGAACCUCAGUCAUUAGAGUCCGAGGUGCGUCUUGCGAGGGAUCAUGAUGUGUUUAUCUCAAAAGCUCAGCUAGACUCCAUUCUGGUCAACUACACGCGCUCUGGGAGCCUGCUGUUUCGGAAACUGGUGUGUGCCUUCUUUGACGAUACUACGCUGGCUAACUCCUUGCCAAAUGGUAAAAGAAAGAGAGGACUCAAUGAUAACCGUAAGGGCUUGGACCAGAACAUUGUGGGUGCCAUAAAAGUCUUUACAGAGAAAUACUGCACUGAACACAGAAUAGAGAAGCUGCCUGGGCCACGAGACUGGGUUCAGAUCCUUCAAGAUCAGAUCAAACUCGCCAGGAGGAGACUGAAAAGAGAUGCUGCAGAAGCAGAUGUCUUGAAUGGACCUUCUACAAGUUGCAACUAUAACAAACCUGCAAGUGUGGACGGGACAGGGAACGUGAAAAUGACUGGUUGAUUCGAGGGCUGCUGGAGAUUUCUUGAUUGUCUUCAUUUAGUCACUUUUGAUAUCUUCUUUGCAGCUGUUACCUGCGGUUUUAUGGAUGUAAAUGGAAAAAAACAGGACCAAAUGAAGAAGUAUGAUAUCCUAUCUUACACACACACACACACACACACACACACACACACACACACACACACACACACACACACACACACACACACA